AUGUCGGAUUUAGACGAUAUUCAAAUGCGCUUCAACCGUUGUUUAAGGUGGUAUCUCGGAGCACAAUUAAAAGGGAACUCAACAUACCUGAUGCUUAAUACUGCUAUUAAGUAUCAGAAGGUUUUUGCUCGACUAAAGCAACGUGAGCCACAGUAUGAUUGUUUGCCAGAUGAUGAAGAUUGGUUGUUGGCAAAGGAAAUGUGCGACAAACUUAAGAUAUUUUAUACCUUCACAGAGAAGUUUUCCGGAGUAAAAUAUCCUACCACCAACCUUUUCUUUCCAAGUUUUUGUGAUAUUAGAUUGUCAUUAAAUGAGUGGAAAAAAUCUAAAGUUGGUGUGAUUAAGGAAAUGGCAUAUGAAAUGAUAGAGAAGUUUGAAGAGUAUUGGUUUGUGAUCAAUGGAGUAAUGGCCGUAGAAAUUAUGUUAGAUCCAAGGUUUAAGAUGAAAUUGAUUGAGUUUUAUUUUCCACAAAUUUAUGGUCAAGCUUUUUCAAAAAUCGAAAUUGAUCGAGUACGUGAUUUAUGCGUUGAUUUGGCGACGGAGUAUGAACUGAAAGUAAAAUUUGCUGAAACAUCUGUUAGCCAAAAUGAUUUGUCUUUCACUUCAGAGAUGCAUGGUUUUAACGAUGACGUAGAUCCUUUGGAAAAGUUUGAUAUGUUUGUCUCUAGUAAUGCUCCUACUAGUACUGUUAAGUCAGAAUUAACCAAUUACUUAGAAGAAGAUCUUUUACCUAGGAUUGUACCGAAGGUAGAUUUGUGA